AUGCCUGCCAAAGCAGCUUUAGCCUCCAUUGCGCCGUCUCCGUUCAAGGGCGAGACGUUCCCUCAGUACGUGCUCUAUCGAUCCACUCGAGGAGCUCGACGACCAUCACCCAGCCAACGACCAUCACUCUCUGAACAGCUCCAGACCAUCUCACAAGGAGCGCAGGCCAUCACAGCUCAACUCGCUGCCACUUAUAAGCUCCCAAACGCUCCUACUCUAACUGCGUCCAGCAGCACUACGCAAACUUCUUCACUUUCCCGCGAUAAAGCUUUCCAAGCUACCACUAUUAGCCUUAAUGUCGGGAAACUCGCGAGUCGAUUCCCGUGUCCUGUUACCUUCUCGUCGGAUCGCUGCACUUACCUGUUCCAGCACCCAUUCGAGGCCAAAGAAGUGCUCAUGAUCAUGUACUACCGAGAUAUGCUGCACGCCUCCGUCAAUACAACCGGCAAGAGCUUCCGCUUCCGGUUAUCGCGAGUCCUGGAGCAGUUCGGCGACGAUUAUAACCCAAUCAACGCGCAGCACUGGCUCCGGAUCGUCUUGGCAACUCCUAGCGAGGCUCACAAAGUCAAACAAUUCCUCUCAAGGCUCGACCAACAAACGUUGCAUUCAUAA